AAGAUUGUUUUUGUAUAUUUUUAUGUUUAUUUUGGGGGAUUUUGAGUUUUUUCAGAUUCCGUUCCCAUAGUUAAGUACUUAUUUUUAGUUUAUAUAUAAUGUCAAAGGGACUGAGGUCAAAAACGCUAAGGCGUUAUAGAACAGCGAAACGGCGAGUGGUAGAAGGAGUAAAGUGCUAUCCAAGUGUAGUAGAAUCUUACAAGAAAAUUAGGCUAAUUCAGCAAGGGAAAUACGUACCACCAGUUCCAAAACCAAAUAAAUUUUUAUAUCCAGAAGAUGAAAACGCUGUGUUUCCUCAAGCUAUUCCGAAAAUGCCUCUAGAUCUCAGAUCAGAGAAUGUUCCUCUAGCAGGCCUUGCUGGGCCGCGUGGCAGGCGUAAAUUUGAGCCUGGUGAGCUUGAGGAGUCUGGAAUAGGUUUAAAGAUGGACAAGAAGACUUUGAUGACUUCGGGUCCUCUAAUGGACCUGGAUGACCAGAAUCGUGAAGUCCAGAGCACUGCCAGACAAGGCCAUUUCAAGUCUGGAAAAGCCAAGAAAUACGCCGCCAACAAACUCAACACCAUUAACAAACUUAAAAAAUCCAAGAAAUCAUAAAUUCAACUGUAAAAUAUUAUUCUAUAUCACAAGUGAUCAAUUGGUAAAAGAUUUAAGUUGUGGAGGACAAUUUGAGUUGUGAUCUUCUUUUAUUUUCUGCCAUGUUGUUUAUAAGAUUAUGAAGUGCAAUCAUAGUCCUGAUAAUAGUUCCGAGGUAUGACGUCAUGGUCGUGUCGUUCAUAUUAAUCGCAAACGCCUCAAUUAACUCCUCAUCGUCCAUCGCAGGAAACAUGUUAAAAAUGUCCUACAAUUAAUAUUACUCACGACACAGAA